AUGUCAAUGCCAAUUCUUUCCCAUGGAUAUUCUGGUAAAGGGAUAAUAAUUCAUCCGACUCCACCAACUUUGUCAUCUAGCAACAUCAAGCCACAAAAACCAGUUGCCGUGAGAUCUCAAUUAAAACUUGCCAACAAUGCUCCCGUAUACUAUUUAUUGCUUCCAAAUGCUUCAGGAUCAAAGUUUGCCCUACCAAAUACUCAAUUGGUACUUAACCCGCAAACAAACUUAGCAAACACAACUUUUGUAAUAAAAAACCCGAGUCGUCUUGCCAAUAGGUUCGCUAGUCCGCUUAAGCCGUACGUAAACCCUUUCGACUAUACCCCGUAUGUAAAAGACAAAGUAGCGUAUUCGUACGUGCAAAGAAGGUCAGUAAUGGAAAAGGAGCUGAAUGAGACUAAGUUUGAACCAGUGGUAUGGGCCUGCAAAAUGUGUAAAGAAGAGUAUAAAGAAAAAGAGGAACUGCUCGAUCAUUAUGAAGUACAUAAACGCACAACAGAUCAAUUGACAGAUGCAGAUGCAAAUGGUUCUAUGGAUUAUCUAAAUGACGACAAGGACAAAGAACUCGUGUGUCCUAUUUGUAACACAGCAUAUGCUGCUAAGUAUUACUUACAUCAACACGCUAUAUUAAAACAUAAACCAAAGGACCAUUACUGCAAUAUAUGCAAUUUAAACUUCUUGGAUGAUUUCUCUUUAAGUCUGCAUAACACAACCCAUUCGGACGAUCCCGAAACCUACGUUUGUGUAACUUGUAAAGUCUUUACGACAAAGACAAGCAAAGACUUACUUGCCCACUUUAACAAAGAACAUGUAAAAGAAGAAUUUUAUUGCGAAGAGUGCGACAAGAAUUUUACUUCCAAGGCGUGGUUCGAAGACCACAAAAUUUUCCACGUCGAAAGUUUCAGCAAGGAAAAAUGCAACUGCAGCACGUGCUCAUUAACUUUUCCUAAUCGGUAUUCAUUGAACCAACACAUGCAAGAAAUUCAUAAAAAGUUCCAAUGUUUUACUUGUGAUGUAACAUUCCCUUACAAGAAGAAUUUAGCCGUUCAUAACGAACAUUUCCACUCAGUCGAGGAAAAAGAUAAGUUCCUUUGUAAUGAAUGCGGAAAAGUUUUUACUUCACAACAAUUAUUCAGGCUCCAUGCAGAAACGCACGCAGAGGGUCGAUACAUUUGCAGCGUUUGUGGUAAAGUGUUUAAAAAGAAAGCUGGCCUGAACAUUCAUGCGAGGGUACAUACCGGAGAGAAGCCCUGCAAGUGCCACUUGUGCGACAAAUCUUUCUCCCAGAGGUCGAGCCUUACUUUACAUAUAAGGACGCAUACUGGAGAGCGACCGUAUGCUUGUUCUAAAUGCAAGAAAGGCUUUAUUUCCAAAACUAGCAAGGACGGUCAUGAAAAGAGAUGUAAGAAUUUUAAAUAAUUGUAAAAUGUUUUGAAAAUUUUGAUUUAAAAUGCAAGAAAUUUUAUUUCUUGUAGACUUGUAUGCUCAGUAAAUUUUCAUCAAGAAUUUUAAUAGAAAAUGUACCACUUUCGAAUCUUUGUAAAAUUCUAAAUAAACCAUGUUUAAA